UGCUUCUUUAGUUGUGGAUAUUAUAUUCAAUAACGUAUUUUGGGAAUCAUGUGUGAAGCUAUUGAAGGUUUGUGUUCCAUUAGUUAAGGUUCUCAGGUUGGCUGACAGCGAGGACAGACCUUCCAUAGGGUACUUAUAUGAGGCUAUGGACAAAACAAAAGAGGCAAUUCGAGACAACUUAAAGGAAAAGAAAAAGUUAUAUAUGCUCAUAUGGAAGAUUAUAGAUAAAAGGUGGACUGGACAGCUUCAUCAACCUCUUCAUGCAGCAGCUUAUUAUCUAAAUCCUGCAAUUAGAUUUUCUCCAACAUUUAAGAAGGACAGAGAAGUCAUGCAUGGUUUGUUAGAUUGUAUUAAUGUGUUAGUGGAAGAUUCUACAGAACAAGAUGUUGUGCACAAUGAGUUGGAUCUAUAUGAUAGUUGUUUUCGGAACAUGGGACUACCUGCCGCCGUUCGAGCCAGGACAACGAUGCGUCCAGAUUUGUGGUGGAAUAGGUAUGGGUUUGAUUGUCCAAACCUAGCACGUUUUGCAAUCAAAGUCCUCAGCCAGACAUGCAGUGCUAGUGGAUGCGAAAGGAACUGGAGUGUGUUCCAACAUAUCCAUAGCAAAAAAAGGAAUAGGCUCGAACAUAAAAGGUUGAAUGACCUUGUCUUUGUUCGAUAUAAUAUGAGGUUGAAACAAAGGUAAUAUAGGCAUAUAG